AUGCCUAAUAUAGUGGAGAAGCCUAUACUUUGGGCGAUUGAUGCAGGAUGUCGACACAUUGACUGCGCCCACAUCUACAGGAAUGAAGUUGAAGUUGGGAGGUCCCUGAAGGCGAAAUUUGAUGACGGAACUGUAAAACGCGAAGAUAUGUUCAUCACAUCAAAGGCAUUCUGGAUUUACAACCUAACCUCUGAUAUAGUUGUGGUGCGAUUCGCAUCGUCUGAAGGAUGUGCGUCCAGCCUGUGAAGAGAGCCUGCGAAGACUGGGUCUCGAGUACUUGGAUUUGUAUCUUGUCCAUUUGCCCGUCUCCUUCCAGGUAAUUGCAGUUCGCUGACUUUACGUCUGCAGCUAAUGAAGGGUAAGCAGUUUUCUCCACUUGAUCGAAGUGUACUUGAAUUUGAGGAUGUGCCGCUGGAAGAGACGUGGAAGGUGAGUUAGUCUAAGGACGGGAAAAAUUGGAAUUAUUUAUAGAUUCUGCCUAUAUGCUCCACCUUGUUUUUCAUUCAGCUUGAUUUCUUAGUAAGACUCGAAUGUAACCUAGAAGUAAGAUUCCAUUCCGAAUCACGUCCAGGGGGUGAUUGCAGAAGGGUUGUAUUGAAUGACAUUUCACUUAGCCGAAUCGACUAAUGUUAGUCUAAUUCUUGACAUUCUAUACUGGUCUAUGCGUCACAUAUCAAGUUUUCCCGUGUAAUUCUCGUUUGCUCCGAUUUCCUUCUUAAUCGUCGCCCAAUUUUCGUCUCCUGUUCAGGGCAUGGAGGAGUUGGUUGAGGCUGGGCUCGUUAGGUCGAUCGGGAUUUCGAAUUUCAACAAGGCCCAAAUUGAUCGCGUUCUGGCCAGCUGCAAAAUACCUCCGGCGAUAAAUCAAAUUGAGGUUUCCGUGAACUGGAUGAAUCAAAAAUUGAUCGACUACUGUCACUCGAAAGGCAUUCACAUCACAGCCUAUGCCCCAUUCGGUUCUCCAAGUUUUAUUAAGUAA